AUGACCGACAACCCGAAAUUCACCGCCUGCAUCAUCGUCGUCUCCGAAACAGCAAGCAAAGACCCUUCAAGCGACAAAUGCAUCCCAGCACUCCAAGAAGUCUUCGCCAAUGAUGGCCAAGGCAGGUUCACCGCGGAAGACACAGUCAUCGUGCCCGACGAUGUCUUGCAGAUUCAGCGCGCGAUUACGCAGCGGACGGAUGGCGGCGAGGCGGUGAAUUUGAUUGUGACGAGUGGUGGGACGGGGUUUGCGCAGAAGGAUGUUACGCCUGAGGCUGUGAUGCCCCUUAUACACCGACAUGCUCAAGGAUUGGUACAUGCCAUGCUCGCGGCGUCGUUGGAGGUCACGCCUUUCGCAAUGAUGUCUCGACCUGUAGCCGGAGUCCGCAACAACACACUGAUCCUGACCUUGCCCGGCUCUCCCAAAGGCGCCAAAGAGAACCUCUCCGCCGUGAUCAAGCAACUAGCACACGCCUGCCAACAAGCGGCAGGCGCCGACUCCCGUUCACUACAUGUUGGUGGAGUGAAGAAACUAGAGCGAGAUGCCGGUGUAGGCGUAAAUGGAGCGCAGCAACACUCUCAUUCUCACAAUCACGGCCACGGCCAUCAUCAUCACCAUCACGGUCAUGGACAUCACGGACCACAAGCACACACCACUCCCGCCGACCGACCGCAAAUAUCCAACGAUCCUAACGCAGGGCCGACAAGACGCUAUCGCGAAUCCCCGUACCCCAUGCUUUCGGUGGACGACGCAUUGAAGCAGAUUACUGCGAGCACCCCAGGACUAGUAGUCGUCAAAGCAGCUGUCAACGAGGGACUGGUAGGCUCUGUUCUCGCCGAAGACGUGGUCGCUCGCGAAUCCGUGCCCGCUUUUCGCGCGAGUAUAGUCGAUGGGUAUGCGGUGAUUGCGAGCGAUCACGUCCUAGUACCCAGCACGAAAGGCGUCUUUCCCGUCGCGAGCAUCUCACACGCGCAAGCGGGGGAAGUGCCAGAGCUAAAACCCGGAGAGAUUGCUCGCAUCACAACUGGUGCGCCGUUACCACCGGGUGCUACUGCUGUGGUGAUGGUGGAAGAUACUGUACUGCGCUCUCAAACUGAUGACGGCACAGAGGAGAAGGAAGUAGAGAUCCUCACGGACGCCAUCAAACCCGGCGAGAAUGUCAGGGAGAUAGGGAGCGAUGUGAAGGCUGGCGAGGUGAUUAUGAAGAAAGGCGAGGGCAUCACUGCCGUUGGCGGGGAGUUUGGCCUCUUGGCUUCGGUGGGCACGCGAGAGGUUUCUGUCUACAAGAAGCCGGUGGUGGGUGUAUUAAGCACGGGAGAUGAGAUUGUGCAGCACGAUCGGGAGGGCGAGUUGAGGUUGGGGGAAGUGCGGGAUACCAAUCGCCCGACGCUCUUGACGGCUGUCAAGGGCUCCGGCUUCGAGGCAGUGGAUCUUGGGAUUGCGUCCGACAAGCCCGGUGCACUGGAGCAAUCCCUCCGCGACGCCCUGCGCCGCGUAGACGUCAUCGUCACCAGCGGCGGCGUCUCAAUGGGCGAGCUCGACCUCCUCAAACCCACCAUCGAACGCUCCCUCGGCGGCACGAUCCACUUCGGCCGCGUGUCCAUGAAACCCGGCAAACCGACCACCUUCGCCACCGUGCCCUUCAAAUCCGACCACGGCCAGCGAACAAGCAAGACCAUCUUCUCGCUGCCCGGUAAUCCCGCCUCGGCAGUGGUGACGUACCAUCUCUUCGUGCUCCCGUCGCUGCAUCAAAUGUCCGGCAUCAGCCCUGCGGGUUUGCCGCGAGUGAAAGUCGUGCUGGAUCAGGAUGUCAGGCUGGACCCGAAGAGGAACGAGUAUCAUCGCGUCGUCGUCUCCGCGCGGAGAGAUGGACAGCUGUAUGCGACGAGCACGGGGUUUCAGCGGAGUUCGCGGAUCGGCAGCUUCAAGAGUGCGAAUGCUUUGUUGUGUUUGCCGGCGGAGGAAGGGUCGCUGAAGAAGGGCGAGAAGGUGGAUGCGUUGUUGAUGGGGAAGAUUGUUAGUGAGGUGUAG